AUGAUCAGAGGUCUGGACCUCCAUCCCACAGCCAUGUCCUGCUACGAUCUGUGCCGUCCCUGUGGCCCGACCCCCCUGGCCAACAGCUGCAACGAGCCGUGUGUGCGCCAGUGCCAGGACUCCCGCGUGGUGAUCCAGCCCUCUCCCGUGGUGGUCACCCUGCCCGGACCCAUCCUCAGCUCCUUCCCCCAGAACACCGCUGUGGGCUCCAGCACCUCCGCUGCUGUUGGCAGCAUCCUGAGCCAGGAGGGAGUUCCCAUCUCCUCUGGUGGCUUUGGCAUCUCUGGCCUGGGCAGCCGCUUCUCUGGCAGGAGAUGCCUGCCCUACUAA